AUGCGCAAUGACACAGAACUCAGCCCCGCGGCGGUGGGAAGCUUCGUUCGAGGAGAGCUCGCCCGAAGCCUGCGAUCCCGAAGUCCGUAUACCGUCAACCUGCUGUUAGGGGGUGUCGAUCCUAUCACGCAUCAGCCCAGCUUGCAGUGGAUUGAUUACCUGGCAUCCCUGGCCCAGGUGCCCUAUGCCGCUCACGGAUACGCUCAGUACUACUGUCUGUCGAUAUUAGACAAACACCAUCACCCGAAUAUUGAGUUAGACCAAGGCCUGAAGCUUCUAGAGUUGUGCACGGACGAAUUGAAACGAAGAUUCCCAAUUGACUUCAAAGGAGUGUCUGUCAAAGUCGUCACGAAGGAUGGUAUUCGAGACGUCGAUUUUGAUAAUAGCAAGCAGGUCACGAGUGCGUAA